UGGCGCCACAAUCUUUUGCAAAAUUUAAUUAAUUUGCGAUAAUCAAAGUGCUUUUAUUCGCUUAUUAUUUUCUAUUGCAAAUAAUAAUUAUGUGUAAUUAAUUUGGUAAUUAAUUGGUGAUUUGAUACAAUUAAUUAUAAUUAUUUAUACUUAUAUAGGUAUUUAUUUUUAGCAACUUUAAAUAGAUGGCGCUGAUCAAAGUAAAUUUUUCAUAAUUGACAAUUGACAUUAAUUUGACAUUUAAAAUUAAUAUUAUUUAUAAACAUAAACAAAGUACAAAAUAAUUUAUUUAAAAAAUUUAGUUUUAUCUAUUAAUAUAUAAAAAUAAUUAUAAAAAUUUAUGUGACAGAAAAAUAGAAAACGUGCAGGUAAUGAUUAUUAUUAAAUUACAUAUUUGACAAUAAUGACGACAAUUCGUGAAGCUAAAAACGCUCUCAGAAAAGCGGUUGAAGCAAAAAUUGCAAGUUUAACUUCAGAGGAAAAACUACGACAAUCGAAAAUCGUUUAUGAGAAGCUUGUAAAUUUAAAAGUUUUCCAAUCGAGCAAAAGAGUAUCGAUUUUUCUGAGCACUACUAAUGAAAUCGAUACUGAGCCGAUGGUCAGGAAGAUUUUUGAAAUGGGCAAGGCCUGCUUUGUUCCAAGAUAUAGUAAAGCUGGCAUGCAAAUGGUGAAACUUCAAUCGAUGGACGAUUGGCAAAAUUUACCAGUGACUAAAUGGAAUAUUAAGCAACCUUUGUUGAAGGAGCAAAGGGAAGAUGCCCUAGAAACAGGUGGACUUGAUCUUAUUAUUACUCCAGCUGUUGCUUUAACAAAAUCGGGACAUCGUUUAGGCCAUGGAGGUGGGUACUAUGACAAGUAUAUUGAGAAUUUAAAAAAUACCCAAACGAAUCUUCCAACAACUGUGGCAGUUGCUCUAAAAGAACAAAUCGUAGAAGAAAUUCCUACAACGUCCACAGAUAUGCUUAUGGAUGUUGUUUUAUUUGCUGAAUAAAUAAAAACAUUUUUGGUUUUUCAUUAUUUCUAUUUUACUUGAUACUUACAGACAUUUCCGAAGCUGGAUGAUCAAUAAAUACCAUUUCUGAUUCUUGGCCGUCGAGUAAUAUGGAAACAGUCCUUUCUCCAAACUCAUCAUCUGGAAAUAUUCAAUUAUAUUUUGGACCAAAAAGAAUAUUGCAUAUUUCAAUGUCAAAACUCUUGUCCUAAAUCACUCUAUACAAAAUCCUAAUUCUACUUACAACAGAGACAAAUAAAAAUACAUAAAACACACAAAGACAAGAAAAAGAAGCGAUUUUUUUUUUACCUUUUGUCUUACCUAAACUAGCAUCAUAAGUGUUCAUAUACUCGGACGUCAUAAAUUGGGAAACCAAGGCAGUUUUGCCCACUCCAGCAUCCCCCAAUGUGAUCACCCUGUAUUUGGGUAUUUCAGACUCAUUUACAGAGUCAAACGAAUCGGAACCGACGCUGUGAUACCCGGAACCGCAACAGGAACCGUCGAAAGGGGAACGUUCGCCUGAUACAUUAGAUCUAGAAUAGUUUAUAUUAUUAAUAUACAAAAUUAUAUUAGUAAUUACUUAUUACCGACUAGUCAUUGAAUUAACGCUGGUAUUCGAACGAGAUCUUCGAUUGAUUAUAGAAUCGCCACAAUUGACGACUCCUUUAUUAGUAAUACUGAAAGUUCUGAGUCGAUAAAGGUCGUCGCUCAAUCUGGGAUUAAUUGUUUUUUCUGGAAGCGAGCAAACUCUGGGUCU